UCCGCUGAAAAACCCCGCCAUAAACAAAUGUGAAAAUGUUCGUGAAAGAUUUCAGAAAGGGUUUUUAUGAUGUCGUUCAAAACCACAGAGUUCUGGUUCUUGUUGCCUUUGAUGUUGAUGCUCUGUGCGCAUGCAAGAUCCUUCAGUGUUUGUUCCAAAGUGACCAGAUUUUAUACACCAUAGUGCCUGUGUCUGGACGUGAGGAGUUGGAGCGAGCAUAUGUGGAGAAUUCCGAAGGGAUUAAGCAUGUAUUGAUGAUAAACUGUGGGGGAACUAUAGAUGUGGUUGAGACACUACAGCCUGAAGAGUGUGUGCGCUUCUACAUCUGUGACAGUCACCGACCAAUAGAUAUACACAACAUAUACAAUGCUGUCCAAGUGAAGCUGCUGAUGAAGGAAGAUGAGUUUGAUGACCUGCCAGAAUACGACCAAGUCUUCAGAGAUGAGACAGAUGAUGAAUCUGGCAAUGAGAGCGAUGAUUCUGAGAAAUCUGGGAAAAGGAAAAGAUAUGAUGAUGACUACUUAGAAAAGAAACGACUGAAGCGAUUAUGGAAUGAAGAAAGGUCCAAGUUGUUAUUUGAAUAUUCCCAAUUUUCUACAUAUGGAACAGCAGCAGCCUUGCUUAUUUUCGAACUGGCAUGGAAAAUGUCCAAGGAUACAAAUGACCUGUUAUGGUUGUCUAUCCUGGGAGUUACUGACCAGUUCAUCCAUUACAAGACUCCAAGGGACAAGUACAUAGAUGAUGUCAUGGCUUUACAGUCCCACGUAUCUCGACAUAACCACAGAGACGACGAGGACAACAUCCUGUCUGUAAACUGCCUGAAGAUCUCGUUUGAUGAGGAGCUCCAGCUGCCAUUGUAUCGACACUGGUCGCUGUUUGAGAGCAUCAGUCACUCAACCAACAUGGCAUGCAAGUUCAAAGUCUGGACGCUCAAAGGACAGAAACGAUUGCAUGAAUUUCUGGCAGAAAUGGGGAUUCCUCUUACACAGUGUAAACAGAAGUAUGCUGCAAUGGACUCAAGUAUGAGAAAUAAUGUGAAAACUCUGAUCCAGGAGCAUAUGACCAAAUAUGGACUGGUCCCUCAAGACGUUGUGUUUCCCUCCUUCUUUGCUCAGUAUGGGUACAAAAACAAGCUCUGUGCUACAGAUGUCGUACUGGGAUGUGUGGCCACGCUGGAGUCAAUUGAAAAGGGAAAGAGUGCUACUGACCAUUUCCUGAAUGCUUUGGAUGUGUUACAGAGGGGGAAUGUGAUAGCUCUGGAGAAGUCAUUGGUUUGUGCCAAGAUGCAGGUGCAGGCUCUGGUCACACAGGUGCGGACGUUCCUGGACAUGCACCAGGUGAUCUCUGCUGGACCGUUCCUCUACGCCUUCAUACAGGAGGGUACGGCGGAUGUGAAGUAUUUCUCCACCCCACAGUGUCUGAUGAGGCUAGCGAGAUUUACACAGGAGGCACACUGCUCUGUUAGUCGUAACAAGCGUGCUCGGUCAAUGCCGCUGGUGCUAGGAGCACCAUUAGACAGUGAGCAGGGGACAACUCUUGUGAUUGGUAUCCCACCCCUACAGCUCGAUGAUGAGAGGAAAAACUUUUUUGGAAAAGCAUUUGAACAAGCAGCUGUGGGGUCCAAUGCUCGUACUUUACUGGACAGCUUUGACACAUUUGUGGUGGAAAUGAAGACAGAAGAUAAGAGCAAGUUCUUUGAUGCCCUGAUCAGUUUACUUCAGUGACCUCCGGAAAUAAGGAAUGGUUAAUUGUAACGAAACUAGACUGAACUGUGGGAUGAUGGCGCAACCCAGAACUCUUCUGAAUUGCUUUAAGACAUGGCUGUGAGUCGGUAACUCAGGACUGGUCUGAAUCGCAAGACAUGGCUGUGAGUCGGUAACUCAGGACUGGUCUGAAUCGCAAGACAUGGUUGUGAGUCGGUAACUGAGGACUGGUCUGAAUGACAAGACACAGAUUGACAUUGGUUAACCAGAACUUGUCUGAACGAAGAGACAUUGAAGUCAGUCGAUUACCCUGAAUGGUUGAAGGACAAUACAUGGAUGUUUUUAGCCCAAAAAUGGUCUGAACAAUGAGAAAUGACUGUUGAUUUGUAAUCCAGAACUGGUCAGAAGUGUGAUGAACAGACCGAAAGUGUAUGUACAGUGAACCUGGUUCAUUGAUACUUUGACAGUUACGUUUUGAACUUUUGUAGCUUUUGACUGAAUUCAGAUGAUUUCAGAUAUCUGUUAUAAAGUGGUGUACUCUCAUUGUACCCUCGGAUUGCUGCUCAUCGGACAGUGACUUCUUAAUGUUUAACAAGCACUGGAUAAAUGUUAUGAAUAACAGUAUUGUGUUGAAUAACACAUUUUAAAUGUGAUGAAUACAUGCUACCAGGUAUAACCUCAUAAUGUUCAUUCCUUGCAGUUGACAUUCUUGAAUUUGUUUUAACAAUAGCAUACGAUAUCAAGAGAAAGUGCUGUUUUCCCCCCAUUUAAUAUUGCUAUUUCAUUUGUAUACUAAUAUUGCACUCGUUCACUUGUGUGAGCUGAUUAAACUUGUGAAAUGUGUAAUAUAUAGAAAAAAAAAUAAAAAAAAUAAAAUAAAUAAUACCAGUGUAUAGCCCAUCAUAUGAAUUCAAUGUGAAUAUGUACACAAACAUGCAUCCUGCUAUUUAUACUUUUAAUGUAUAUAGAACUUUUUUAUCACGAAUAUUUUCAAUGUUAGAAUUUUAAUGUUAACGGGAUAAUCAAGUUACCCUCAGUCACUGGUACAUCUUAUUUUGCCUCAAAAUUUAUUUUUUCUUUCUGUAAUGAAAUUAUGGAUACAUUGUUCAUGCUUUGUAAGUAGUUUAAAUGGGCAGACAUGACUUAUUCAUAUUAAGGAUCAUCUGACUAAUGUACUUCGUGAGAUGAAUUUAUUAAAACAAACUUCACUGUUAGAAUUGUACCAUUAAUCUAAUAAUAAUGUUUAUUAAACAAGUCAUUAUUUUUUGGAUGGAUUACAAUGCAUUUAGUACUUGUAGUAUAUAAUGUCCCAUUGUCAAUGAAACAAUAGGAAACAGG